GUUAAUUACUGGAAAUAUUUUAUUUGACAUCAUAUCGCCUCAUCAUGGCAUGUGACAGAUAAUCAUUUGUCUGUUUUUAAGAAAACUCCAAUGCCUGGAUCAAGUUAAGAAAUGAGUAGCGAUGUUGAAAAAUGUUUUCAGGAAUGCGAAGAUGACAUAUUAAAUUAUGUUCAAAAGAAUUUUAAUUUUUUAAAGUCAAAGAUUGAAAUGGUAAAUUUGGAAAAAUAUAAUGUUAUGAUGGAUAACAAAUUACAUAACUUUAUUGAUAUAUCUAAAGAUAUUAACCCUCAAUUUACCUCAACAUCUUAUUAUUCAGUGCCAGAGAUAUCAAAGACUCACGAAAGCUUAAAAGAAAAAGAAUUCACUGAGAGGCCAUCCCUAUUGACGGAAAUGUUAGAAGUAAACCACAUAAAAACCAUUUACAACAUAUUUGUUGCCAUUCUAAUCGUUUUUAGUUUAAAUACAAUCGUUUUCGACUUCAUCGAGGGAGAAAAAUUUGUAUGGGAUUUUCAACUGAUUACAUAUUCUCUGGGACAGUUUCCACAUGUUAUCGUUAUUUGGUGUUGCUUGAUGAUAUCCACCAUUCUUAUAUUAUUUCCUAUAUUUCGUUUUUGGGUUUUAUGCCAUAUGAUCUACAUGGAUAGAAAUUCGUAUACCCAAAAUACACCUGAUAAAGACUCUCAUGACACUCAAAAUACUUUACAUUUGAAUCAAGAUAAUAAAUUCCAAAGGGAUUAUGAUUACAUAGGAGACUCCUCUGGGUUAAGAAUGAGAAAUAUACACAAUGAUUUGGAUCGCAAUGGUAAUAAUAAUAAUAGUGCAAACAAUAAUAAUGAUUGGGUGCAUUAUCCAAAUACUGAUCCAUCUACACCUUUGGAAAGUAGUGGGGUCGACAACGAUUCAAAUUUUAGCAAAGAUGCUUCAAAAUCACUCGUAAAAGUAUUCAGGACUCUUAAAAAGUGCAAUUUCCGGAAUUUAGUUUGCACGUUUUGGCUUUUUUUAUAUGUCACCUAUCAAAUUCUGUUUUUGGCUAUACCAAUAUAUUUUAUUUUAAUGAUUUACGAUCUACCUCCAGCCUCAUCAUUUCUUAUUAUGCUUGAACAACUCCGUUUAUUGAUGAAAGUUCAUUCCUUCGUGCACGAAAACAUUGUCAAAGUUAAAACACUCGAAAAAGACCUUAAGCUAAAGAAACGCCUUUUAACGUCUCAGGAUAUUGAGGAAACCACUCCUAAUUUCUCAAAAUACUUAUAUUUCCUAUUCGCUCCUACAUUAAUAUACAGAGACAAUUAUCCUAGAACAAAUAUAAUCAGAUGGAACUACGUUGUAUCGAAUUUAGCACAAGUUCUGACUUGCCUUUUCUAUACAUAUUACAUAUUUGUAAGAUUCUGUAUACCGGUUUUCAAACAUUUUAAUCAAGAUCACUUGACUCCAAAAACCAUGAUUUUGUCCGUAUUCGGUUCCAUGUUACCCGGAACUAUGGUGCUAAUCAUAGCGUUUUUUGGUGUCCUGCAUUCCUGGUUAAAUGCUUUUGCUGAAAUGCUCAGAUUUGCCGAUAGAAUGUUUUAUAAGGAUUGGUGGAACUCUACAUCGUUUACCCAAUAUUACAGAACGUGGAAUGUUGUAGUUCAUGAUUGGCUCUAUAUUUACGUUUACAGGGAUUUGAGAAUGUUUUGGGGAAAAGGACUUAGCCGGCCAUUGGCAAUGUUAGCUGUCUUUCAAAUAUCAGCGCUGGCUCACGAAUUGGUAAUAGCGGUGGCCUUCAGAUUUUUUUAUCCGGUCUUACUCGUUAUGUUUGGGAUUAUUGGAUUUUUCCGCCAUGGAAUAAAUACGCAAAGGAUAAUAGUUGCGGCGAUGUUCAUUUCAAAUAAGCGAAGUUUUCGAGCAUCAAACAUAUUACUUUGGGUUAUGAUGUUUAUGGGCAACGGGCUUUUAAUGACCCUAUAUAGCAUGGAAUGGUAUGCCAGAAGGAAUUGUAGAAAACAUUUAGAAUCAAAAUUUGCCGAUUUUUUCGUGCCUCGUUCAUGGUAUUGUCAACGUCAAACAUGAAGAUUCAUAUUAAAUUAUUUUUUCCCAUAAAUGAAAUGUUAAUAUAAAUUAUUUAAAUCAAUGUAAUUCAAUGCAAUAUUUUAUAUAGACCGUCUAUUAUUAGAUAUUUUAUUGUUUAUAAAGUAAAGUAUUAAAUUUUUUAAAAUAUUAAAUUUAAUUAUAAAAUUAUAUUUGUUAUAAUAUUUCAUCCGUCAAAUUUUAUAUUGAAUUAUAAUUUAUUUAAAAGAAAAAUAAUAAACAUAAACAUUUAAAUUA